UUUUUUUUUUUUUUGUUUUUUCGGGGUAGUAUUACACCAUCCAUUAUAUAAAGAAAACAACCAACAAUAAAUCAGUGGGUGAAAACAAUAACAUACACAACGAUCACCUACCUACACAUUUUCUCUCCAAUGGCAGCAAGAAAGAGCUACCUUGAGAGACCAAAGUACAUCUUUAUGGGGAGUGAUCUGACAAACAAUUCGAUCACUUCAGAUACCCAAUUCGAAUUCGAUGAAGCCGAUGUCUGGAAUUCGAUUAAUUCUGAUGAAAUAAUCGUAUCCGAACACAAGAAAUCAAUACCCAAUUCACGAACAUCAAGAAAACCAGCUAAAUUGAUCAGCAGUGUCCUUGAUCGGAGAUCCAUAGCGACAUCAUUGCCGGUGAACAUACCGGAUUGGUCCAAGAUCCUCCCUAGUGAAUACAGUAGAAAGCAGAGGAGUGAGAACGAGGAGGACGACGACGAUGAGGACGACAAGGGUGACGAUGAAGAUGCUAGGCUGCCUCCUCAUGAAUACUUGGCAAGGACUAGGACUGCUUCAUUCUCUGUUCAUGAAGGUAUUGGGAGGACUCUUAAAGGGAGAGACUUGAGUAAGGUUAGAAAUGCUAUAUGGAAGCAAACUGGAUUUGAAGAUUAGCAAACAUCAAACUAUGUACUGUCAUAUGAAUUAUUUGUUGGCCUUACAUUAAUUGUUCUUUGUUGUCACUUGCUAAACUAUUUUUUUUUUUUUUUUUUUUUUUUCGGAAUUCUGUUUCUUAUAAGUUAAAUCCUCUGGUUUUUGGGUGUGUUGACUUUUGAUUCAGAGGAUCACUCAUUUAUGUACUUAUAACUCUGAGAAUGUAAGGAAAAAAUUUCACUCA